GUGGCAGCACUAAUAAGAAACGUGUCCGGUGGUUUACAUUCAUAGUUUUAGCUACUGUGGUUUUAUUGCAGUCAUAAUUUUCUGAGGCAAUAUUGUGCAUUUCUUACAAUGGCUACUGAAAAUACCGAAAUUCCUUCCGAAGAUGGAAUAUAUACAUCUGAAAAAAUUGGUAGCGAUGAAAAUGGCAAUGGCACACAAGAAAAUCCAUUCAAAACAAUUUUGCAAGGUAUGCGUCAUGCAAAGGCUGAGCCAUUUCCUACUAUAUACGUAGAUAGUAAAGACCCAAAGGCUGAGAGCCCUUAUGAAGUUGCUGCGAAAUCGCAACUGAAGAAAAUCCAUAAGAUUUUCACACGCGAAGGUCAUAAGAAUGCCGAUAAACAACAACGGGAAGCCGAAGAUGCUGAAAAGCGAUUGCAAAACUUGGACGAUGCACGUAAAAUUAAAAUCGUGGAGGAUGCAAGCUUACCGGCUGCACGUAGAAUACGCAUAAGCCACGGUGAGGAAUAUCGCGGUGAACGUGUUAAGAUUUAUGGUUGGGUUCAUCGUUUGCGUCGUCAGGGUAAAGGACUAAUUUUCAUAACCUUAAGAGAUGGCUCAGGAUUUCUGCAAUGCGUACUUACCGAUCUGCUAUGUCAAACAUACGAAGCACUCGUAUUAAGUACUGAGAGUUCAGUACUCUUAUAUGGAGUUUUGAAGCCGGUACCGGAUGGCAAAUCGGCACCAGGCGGUCAUGAGUUGCACGUCGAUUAUUGGGAAUUAAUUGGUCUGGCACCAGCUGGUGGUGCUGAAAGUAUUCUUAAUGAAGAAGCUCAUCCCGAUGUUCAACUGGACAAUCGCCAUAUAAUGAUUCGUGGUGAAAAUACCUCGAAAAUUUUGAAAAUUCGUUCAGUUGUCAUGCAAGCUUUCCGGUCGCAUUUCUUCGAUCGCGGUUAUAAUGAAGUCAAUCCACCAACUAUGGUGCAGACUCAAGUCGAAGGAGGAUCAACACUUUUUAAAUUGCAAUAUUUCAGUGAAGAGGCAUACCUAACUCAAAGCUCUCAGUUGUAUUUGGAGACUUGUCUGCCAGCACUUGGCGAUGUUUUUUCUGUUGCACAGAGUUAUCGAGCAGAACAAAGCCGAACACGUCGUCAUUUGGCCGAGUACACACACGUAGAAGCUGAAUGCCCAUUCAUCACAUUUGAUGAAUUAUUGGAUCGUUUGGAAGAUUUAGUUUGCGAUGUUGUUGAUCGCAUUUUAAAAUCACCAUUCGGAUCAAUCGUUUAUGAACUCAACCCAGACUUUAAGCCUCCAAAAAAACCUUUCCGUCGCAUGGACUAUGGAGAUGCCAUUAAAUGGUUAAAGGAGAACAAUGUAACUAAAGACGAUGGUACUUUCUAUGAAUUUGGUGAGGAUAUACCAGAGGCGCCAGAACGUAAAAUGACCGAUACCAUAAAUGAACCAAUUAUGUUAUGCCGCUUUCCGCUCGCUAUAAAAUCUUUCUAUAUGGCGAGAUGUCCCGAAGACCGCAGUUUGACUGAGAGUGUCGAUGUACUCUUGCCAAAUGUUGGUGAGAUUGUUGGCGGUUCCAUGAGGACACCCGACUUGGACGAGCUGCUUGAAGGUUAUGAACGCGAGGGCAUUGACCCAACUCCAUAUUAUUGGUAUACAGAUCAACGUAAAUAUGGCACUCAACCACAUGGUGGUUACGGUCUCGGCCUGGAACGUUUCCUUUGCUGGCUACUCAAUCGCUAUCAUAUUCGCGAAGUUUGUUUGUAUCCACGUUUCCUUGACCGUUGCACACCUUAAAUGACUCGACGUUCAUUAUGCGAAUAAAAACACAUAGUAAAGCUUGCAUUUGAAUAAACAAUAUGUUUAAAAGUA